CGGCGUCCAGGAGGAGAAGAACACGUUGCUGGAAAAAAAGAGAACUUUCACUCCUAAUUAUUUGUUACUAAACCUCAUUUAUUAUCUUUUUUUCCUCCAAAGCCGGUUAACGGGGGCCGAAGAGGGCUCCGCAGGUCCUAGCGUCCGUCAUUCCAGCCCUCCAUCAUGGCGGAUAAAAACACGAGGAUCGCCAUCGUCAACCACGACAAAUGCAAACCCAAGAAAUGCCGUCAGGAGUGCAAGAAGAGCUGCCCGGUGGUCCGCAUGGGUAAACUGUGUAUCGAGGUGACACCACAGAGUAAGAUUGCCUGGAUCUCAGAGUCUCUGUGUAUAGGCUGCGGCAUCUGCGUCAAGAAAUGUCCGUUCGGAGCUUUGUCGAUUGUCAACCUGCCCAGCAACCUGGAGAAGGAAACCACACACAGAUACUGCGCCAACUCCUUCAAACUGCACCGGCUGCCGAUCCCCAGGCCGGGGGAGGUUCUGGGGCUGGUGGGGACCAACGGUAUCGGCAAGUCCACAGCUCUGAAGAUCCUGGCUGGAAAACAGAAACCCAACCUGGGCAAGUUCGAUAAUCCUCCAGACUGGCAGGAGAUCUUGACCUACUUUAGAGGCUCCGAGCUGCAGAACUACUUCACCAAAAUCCUGGAGGACGACCUGCGGGCCAUCGUCAAGCCGCAGUACGUCGACCAGAUCCCAAAGACUGUCAAGGGGUCAGUAGGGGCCAUCCUGAGCAGGAAAGACGACACAGAAACACAGGACCUGGUCUGUCAACAGCUCGAUCUGAGUCACCUGCGGGAGAGGAACGUGGAGGAUCUGUCCGGAGGGGAGCUGCAGAGGUUCGCCUGCGCCGUCGUCUGCAUCCAGAGAGCCGACAUUUUCAUGUUUGACGAACCGUCCAGUUACCUGGAUGUGAAACAGAGGCUGAAGGCCGCCAUCACCAUCCGCUCGCUCAUCACUCCGGACAGGUACAUCAUCGUGGUCGAACACGACCUGAGUGUGCUGGACUACCUGUCCGACUUCAUCUGCUGUCUGUACGGAGUCCCCAGCGCCUACGGAGUCGUCACCAUGCCCUUCAGCGUCCGAGAGGGCAUCAACAUCUUCCUGGACGGUUACGUUCCUACGGAGAAUCUCAGGUUUCGCGAGACCUCGUUGGUCUUCAAGGUGGCUGAAACGGCCAACGAGGAGGAAGUGAAGAGACUCAGGCACUACCAGUAUCCAGACAUGGCGAAGACGAUGGGCGAGUUCACGCUGGAGAUCAAAGGAGGAGAGUUCACGGACUCUGAGAUCAUGGUGAUGCUGGGAGAGAACGGCACAGGGAAGACGACCUUCAUCAGGAUGCUGGCUGGAGGACUCAAACCUGACGGUGGAGGUGAUAUUCCCAUCCUGAACGUCAGCUACAAGCCUCAGACCAUCAGCCCCAAGUUCAAGGGCAGCGUCAGAGCUCUGCUGCACGAGAAGAUCAGAGACGCCUACACACAUCCUCAGUUCAUCACCGACGUCAUGAAGCCGAUGCAGAUAGAAAGCAUCAUAGACCAGGAUGUGCAGAACCUGUCUGGUGGUGAGCUGCAGAGAGUCGCUCUCACUCUGUGUUUGGGGAAACCGGCUGACGUUUAUCUGAUUGACGAACCUUCGGCCUACCUGGACUCCGAGCAGAGAUUGAUGGCCGCCAGAGUCAUCAAGAGGUACAUCCUCCACGCCAAGAAGACGGCGUUCGUGGUAGAACACGACUUCAUCAUGGCGACCUACCUGGCCGACAGGGUCAUUGUGUUUGACGGUAUUCCCUCCAAGAUGACCUCCGCUAACACUCCGCAGGGUCUGUUAGCGGGGAUGAACCGGUUUCUGGCGCUGCUGGAAAUCACGUUCAGAAGAGACCCGAACAACUUCAGACCGCGAAUCAACAAGCUCAACUCCAUCAAGGACACGGAGCAGAAGAAGAGCGGGAACUAUUUCUUCCUGGACGACUAAGACUCGCUUCCCGCGUGACCAACCGUGACUUUCCUGCGACGCUCCCGCGGCGAGGCUGCGUUCAACAAACCCGGGGGAGCGUUUCAGGAGCGUUCACAAACGAAGAAGAAGAAGAAGAAGAAGAAGGUGUAGCCGCCGUGACUUUUCACCAGAAGUACAAACCAACCAGGCCGCGUUCAACAAAACAGCAGAUGUGUUGAAACCAUUAAAAUAAAAAAAACAAAAGAAGGAAAAAAAACCCAUCAGCCUUUAUGUACCAGGCUGCGUUCAAUAGCAAGCAAUGUUGUGAAAUGUUUAAAAAUAAUAAAGUGCAUUGCAUUCUGUGUCAGUCAGCCUGUACAUACUGGGCUGAGUUCACAAGCCAGCGACAUUGUGGAACAUUAAGCAGCAUAUUUUAACAUUCAUGCAUUUACAGUACAAUACAAUAAACUGAUGCUACCUGAUCUCA